AUGGCAGAACUUCUUUCCAACCUACAGAAAGUCAAGAUAGAAUAUUGUGAUGGUAUUGAAGAAGUUGUUUCAAAAAAAGAUGAUGAGGAUGAAGAAAUGACUACAUCUACAUCUACCCACACAAGCACCCCUUUGUUCCCUCAUCUUGAUUCUCUCAUUCUAAAUCAAUUGAAGAAUCUGAAGUGUAUUGGUGGAGGUGGUGCCAAGGAUGAGAGCAAUGAAAUAUCUUUCAACAAUACCACUACAACUACCACUUUUCAUGAUCAGUUUAAGGCGACAGCGGGUGGUGUUUCUUGGAGUUUAUGCCAAUACUCUAGAGAGAUAGGAAUAGUUGGAUGCCAUGCAUUGUCAAGUGUGAUUCCAUGUUAUGCAGCAGCAGGACAAAUGCAAAAGUUUCAAGUGCUGAGAGUAGUGGUUUGCGAUGGGAUGAAGGAGGUAUUUGAAACUCAAUUAGGGACGAGAAACAAUAAAAACAAUAGGAGUGGUUGUGAUGAAGCAAUUCCAAGAGUAAAUAACAAUGUUAUUAUGCUUCCCAAUGUAAAGUUACUGAAGAUUGAAUGGUGUGGCCGUUUGGAACAUAUAUCCACAUUCUCUGCACUUGAAAGCCUAAGACAACUUGAAGAGUUAAAGAUAAAGGAUUGCGAGGCAAUGAAAGUGAUUGUGAAGAAGGAAGAAGAAGAUGCCUCAUCAUCAUCAUCAUCUAAGAAGGUUGUGGUCGUUCCUCGUCUCAAGUCCAUUGAACUAGUCAAUCUACGAGAGCUAGAGGGUUUCUUCUUCGGGAUGAACGAGUUCGAAUUUCCUUCAUUGGAUAAUGUUACCAUCAUGAAUUGCCCUCAAAUGAGAGUGUUUGCACCUGGUGGCUCCACAUCUCCCAACCUAAAGUGUAUAUAUUUGUUUAAUUGGCAUCAUCUAAUUAAGAAAGAUAUCAUGCCAAUGCAUAUAAGGUAUUUGGUGAAAUGCACAUUUUUUUGUGAUAAUGGAGCUCUUACAGGAUUCAUGUAA